AUGGCAAAUCCACCAAUUCAGCUGUCCCUCCAGACAGACAAAACCACCCCAAGUCUCACUCCACCAGUGACUCCAAUAUCCAAACAGAAUCGCCCUCCAUUCCACACCCAAUCCUCCGAAACUGAAACCGAAACCGAAAAUGUCUGCACAUACUUCACCGACGACCUCGAAAUCUGCCGCGACUCCAACGACCGCAACCUCGAAUUCGGCCGCGGCGUCUGGAGCAUCGUAUACAAAGCCCGCAGCACACCAACCCCGAACACCCUAGGAACACCACCCAGUUCCCCAGUAACAGCCGCGCAACUCUUCGCCGUGAAAGCCCCGCUGCGCCGCGACGCCCGCCCAGUCCUAAAAGCCGAAGCUGAAACCCUCACCCGCCUCUCCCACAUCCAAGGCAGUGCCCACCACAUCGUCCCCUACCACGGUUUCCACACAGAACUCUGUGCCCUCGUCUUAACAGCAAUCCCCCUCUCCCUCUCAACCUACAUCGAAACCCAAGCCGAUCUCGCCCGCGCAAAACCAAUGCAAGCAAUGCUCGAACCAGUCGCGGGACCGACCGCAUUCAAAAAUCUCGCGCGCAAGCUUAUCGUCGCCCUAAACUGGCUCCAUGAUACAGCUGGUGUUGUUCACGGCGAUAUCAAGCCUCAGAACAUAUUGCUCCGGGAAAGCGAAAGCGAUGACGAAUUCCCCUACGAGCCUCUGUUCAUUGAUUUCUCGGCCACGGUGGAAAUUCCGAAAAGUGAUGAUGCGCCGGUUGACACGACGCGCGCUUCAAUGUCUUCUUUCACCCCGCCUUUCACGGCGCCCGAGAUGUUGGCUUCGUUGAUGUGUAGUGAGAUGGCGCCGACGCCUGCUUCGGAUGUUUUCUCGCUGGCUGCGACGCUGUUGGCUGCUGCCACGGGGGAUUUGUUGAUUUAUUCGAAUAUGAAUCAUAGGUUGAGGCUUGAGAUGGCGCGAUCUGGACAUCAGAUUAUUGACUUUGCGCGCUCGGGUGUUAGUGGUUGUCGGGUGCCGAGGAAUGGGUUUGUUGAGCGCGUUGUUAAGCCUGCUGUUGUGAAGGAUCCUGGGUUGCGGAUCUCGACUGCGGAUUGGGUGAAGCUUGCGACUGAAGCUUGA